AUGUUCCCCAUUUCCCAUCCCUCCCGUCCCCACGACCCAUCCCUCCCGCCUCUUCCGUGCCCCCCUCCCUCGCAGAUCAUAGUGCGGCGAGAGCCCAUCACAGUGGUGGCCAUCGGCAGCAGCUGCACGUCCGAGUUGAUCAUAGUGCGGCGAGAGCCCAUCACAGUGGUGGCUAUCGGCAGCAGCUGCACGUCUGAGUUUGGCGGCAGGAAGGGUCCGCAGCUCAAGCUGCUCAACCUCGAUGCCUUUGAGUUCGGCCGAGUGGUGCAUCCAGACGGCUGGCUCACAGCAGCGCUGGACUGGCUGCUAGCAGCGUUCCCACCCAGCAAACCGCACGACUUCUCCGCAACUCCGCUCCCCGACGCCGUGCCAGCGGGGGACCAAGCCCCCCAGCAGCCCUACUGGCUGCUCAACCUCGCCAUUGGGGCCAUUGGGCCACAGCCCUGGGGGAAGUGCCUGGGGAGCACGUACCUGGCAAAGCUCCCGAAGACCGUGGAUCUGGUGGUGGUGGAGUGGGCAUUAGCAGCCAGCUACCCCGAGAUAGCCAGGGACAUGGACACUGUGCUGCAACGCCUGCUCAAGCUCUGGCCCACACCGCCUGCCUUCCUCUUUGUGCAUUUCUUCUUCUGGUGCCGGGGCAACCUCUGGUGCCGCACAUGGCUGACGGAUCCCAAGACAGGGGUGGAGCUGGUGGAGGAGGGACCACAGCAGCCGCUCACUCGGGAGAACAUCGGGGUGUUUUCGUUUGACUCGUUUGACCGCCGCGGCACGGGGCGAGUGACAGAGGACGACUUCCUGGUGCUCGCACGCUACUACGGCUUCCCGGCGAUUUCCAUGCGGAAUGCGUUUUGGAACAUCGCAACACAACAGGUGGGUGCGUUAGCAGCAGGUGGGUCUUAG